AUGCCGAAGUUGGAGCAGUUUGAAAUUAAGAAGUACUGGCAGAUUUUCUCUGGGCUGAAGCCCGUUUCCGGGAAGGUGACGCACGACCAAGUGCUACCGAUCCUUUAUAACUCGAAACAGGACUCCUCCGUUUUGAACAAGAUCUGGUUUCUGGCAGAUAUCGAUGAGGAUGACCAGCUGGACUUCGAGGAAUUUGUCAUCUGCAUGCGGGUUGUGUUCGAUAUGGUCAACAAGAACAUUGACUCGGUGCCGGAUGAAUUGCCAGACUGGCUAGUCCCCGGGUCCAAGGCAAAGCUGGUUAAGGAAAGACAACGCAGCAAGCAAAAAGAGGACGCUGAAUUGCCUCCCAGCAGGACGCCUCCAAAGGUAGACUGGUACAUGUUGCCGGAGGAUAGGGAUGGGUACAAGAAAAUCCUCGAGACGUGUCCCACCGCCACAGAUGGAACAUACACGUAUCCUGCGUUGAAUCUUGUUCUCAAGGACAAGUUCUUCAACAUUGGUGUAAGAGAUAUGGAUAAGACGUGGGCCCUAGUGAACCCGCGUGGCGCAGCCUCCGUGGACCAAGAUCCGGCACUCUACUUCGUCCAUGUGCUGAGACAGCGUAAUGACGAGGGCGCAGAAAUACCUUCUGAGCUGCCCGCCGCGUUGGCCGAGGUGUUUAAAAAGCAGGAGGUGCAGUACGAUUUGAAGUCCGAGCAAGCUCAAGUGAGGAGAACGGCAGAGUCUACGCCCAGCGUGGCCCCUGCCUCUUUGGCCGUAUCGAAAACGGCAACUUCUUCGACACCGAUUUCCAUUGAACUAAACACGUCUAAUAUUACCUUGGAAAGGGCGCAAUUGAUCAGAGAACAGUUGGAGGGUCUUUUGAAGUAUAGAGAGGGGCUUUUAGCGCAACCUUCCACAUCUUCGAAUACAGUAAACGUGGAUCAGUUUACCGAGGACCUAGAUAAUAUAGAGCAGCAAGUGGGGGUGCUGGACAACUAUUUGAAGGACAAGAAGACUGAAUUGAAUUCCCUGAGAGAGGGUGGCGCAUCUUCGCAAUAG